CGACAGUCAAGAAGAACUGAGGGAGGGGUAGGUUUCGGGUGAUCAGUUGGGGAAAGAUUCCACUCUGCAAGCAGCCAAACAAAUGAUUCUAUUUUUACUUUGAUUAGUUAAGAUGUACAGCCAUUGACAUCUGACAGACAGCCUUAGGUAGAUCUGCUUUCUGUUCAUGGACUAAUUAAUUAAAAAUAGUUGCGUUUGUAGGAAUCUGGACUUACCUGUUGGACCCGAAUGUGUAGACUCUGACAUAGCCACCGAUUAAUUAAUUUAUUUAUUUUAAAUCGGUCUGUGCCCUACGCUGCGGUAGGCAUCGAGUGUGUCCUAGUGCAGACUGUGUACAGUGCUGUAGCUUAUGAGUGACAGGGAUAACACUAGCGAGGAUGAUAGGAUCCUGCGAUCAGCAAGGCGCCCGUUGGCCCACGUGGCAUUAGGACGUGAGGGUGACAGACUCAUGUUCCGCCAGCUUAGGGAGAGGCAGCAGCAGCAGCGGAGAGCUAGGGCCGCAGAGGCAAGCAGGGCAUUCGCAAGCGAAGCCGCUACUUCAGCAGCCAUGGCAACUGCUGUGCAGCAGAGUUCCCAGGCCAGUAGUUCAGGGACUGUAGGGGUGACGAUUGCACAGACCCUGACUCAGUACGCUGGCAUCAUGGCAAGCCAGCAGUUAGUGUUGACCCCCGAGGAGGUCGCCAUACAAAGAGCAGAUACUCAAGAGGCACCGCUACAGAAGGCGUUAGGAGAGAUAAAGGCAGAAAAGGAGAGAAUGCUCAGACAUAGGACAAGGAUGCAGCGGAGACAAGCGGACCUUAGAGAGUUAGAGGAGAUGCACUUGAAUCACAUGGAUAAUGAUGUGAGAGUAGCGAGAACAGCCCUGUUAGAUGUGGUAGAAAUGACGGCCUAUCACACUACACUCUUGCAGGACAUCCAGCAAAGCCUGGCCGUGCUGGCCGGGCGAGUCCAGAUAACACCAUCACCAUCAGGGCCUGAUGCCUGGCCUGUGGUACAGCAUCCUCCUUUUGUCCCACCAGUGACUGGAGUAUCCCCAUUUGUAGUUCCUCCAGCACAUGCCGCUUCCCUAUUCAGUAUGCCAUUGACAGGCGGGUUCUCAGCAGGUCCAAGUGUACAGAUUCCUGUUCAAACCGUGUAUUCCCAACCUCUGUUACAGACUGCCGUAACUGGGCAGCCUACUGUCUCGCAUGCAGCACAGCCGCAUGGCACACAACCCCAACAGCAGCUAGUGCAGCAGCCUGCGCCCCAGGGUCCACAGCCUCGAGUGGCGCAGGUGCCGGGACAAGGCCAGUGGGUUCCGAAGACGGCCAUCGCCUCACCUAAACCCUUCUCAGGGGAUAAGAGGGGCAAAGACCUUGACACAUGGUUGAGGUCAGUGCCAGUCUACGUAAAGUGUAAGUUGACCUUGCCGCACGAGGAAGUGCUUGUGGCAGCCUCCUACCUUGAGAGGAGUGCAGCGAGAUGGUUAAGCGGGUUAGUGCAACUACAGGGAUACGGUUGUGACUUCCGCGCUUGGGCAGUCAACCAGAAACUGGAGGACUUCCUUAAGCUGGUGGAGGAAAGGUGGCAUGAUCCUCAGGAGGCCCAAAAGGCCACCGAUGCGAUCCUGACUUUGAGCUCUAAAGCAUUCAAGUCACAGACGGGUGAGGCAAACAUCAAUGUACCUGGAGAUGCCACAGACGCAGUGGAGCGUCUGAUCUGUGACCUGGAGUACGUUAUGACACCCAAGUCUUACUUGCCACUUACCUGAGGUGUCUUCCCAUGCCACUCAGGAAUCAAUUGGUGGGUGAGGC